CCUUCGUGUGAUUUAUCACAAAGCGCAUUUCAUGGAACGACAAGGCACUAAUAAGGCGUCAUUACGAGAUCCAGUCUGCCGCUUUUGCAAUACGAAAGGGAACGUCGACCUUAUGCUGGCCCCGUGUUCCUGUACAGAACCAUCCUUUCGAUGGGCUCACGACAACUGCCUGCUGGGAUACGUUAGCAUGUAUCGGGUGGAGCGCUGCACCAUCUGCAAUCGUCGCUUUCCGGUUCGCAAGAAGCUCGUCCCUUUCUCCCGAUAUGCUCUACACCCUUCAACUCGCAAGGACCAGUUGUACCUAAUUGGAGCCAUUGUGUUCUGCACGAGCCUAUACUGGGUUCUGGGUAGCGCCUGGCGUUAUUCUGUGUUCGUGUUGGAAACGCACUGGAUGCUACUAGCCAUCAUCUACACUCUGCUCCUGUUUCAGACACUGUGCUGGUCUAUCUUUGCCUUCAUGAGCAUCUGGUUCUACUAUCGCAUGAUGUCCGAAUGGAGGGAGAGGCAUGCGUCGUUUUUCAUGUCGGGAACGGAACACCUGGAGCGUCCAAAUCGCGAACAACACAUUGCAGCAUGAACUAUACGCAUAAUUUUGUUACGUUGUCGGAGGCAUCUCCAUAAGAUUGCAAUGUCUUCUUCAGCACUGAAAAAAUGUCCCUUAUGUAUUUUAGGAUAUGCUUCGUACAUUAUAUGGCAAAUUAAAGGUGUUCAAUCUCUA